AUGAUAUUCUCAUCCUAUAAACAAUUACUUAAUUUCGUUGAUGAUUGUAAAGAUACUAUUUGGUUUGUUCAUCUUAUACCUAAUGAGCAAUAUCGUGAAUCAUUAAUAAAAGUUUCUUCAAAUGAUUGGCAACGAAUUGAACGUCGUCUAUCAAUAUUUAAUAUUCAAACAGGAAUAUUAAAUUGUUCAAAUAAUGAUUAUUCGAAAAUCUGUCAAACAUUACAUAAUGAACGAUUCUUUUUAUUUAUUCCAUCAAUAAAUCGACGUUUAUCUCAUAUAUAUUCCUAUGAAAUAUCUUUUAUAAAUCAUGAUUAUCAAUAUAUAUUAAAAUGGUUAAGUAAAACAUUAGAAAAUCAUGUAAAUAAAAAUUUUGAAUGGUACGAAUUAUCGAAAGAAAAACAAUCCAUAUUAGAAUUUCAAAUAAAUCUCAAUUCGUAUACAUUAAAUUUACCAAUCUAUUAUUUUACAUUAUUAUAUCGUUAUGGUUCAAAUAUAAAUUUUCAUUUAAAUUUUCAUGAAAAUAAAAAUUUUCAAAUUAAAUUUUCAUUUCAUAAUUCAACAACAAAUACAUAUAUUUAUAAUGAUAUAAAUAGUUUAUAUAAUUAUCAUGAGUUAUAUUCAUUUCGUUCAUUAAAUAUAUUUCUAUCAUGUUUAACAAUAAAUUGUCAAACAUUAAUCUAUAUAUAUUUUAUUAUAUUAAAUAUCUAUUUUCUUUAUGAUAUUUAUUUAGUUCAAUCAUUAUCUUUAUUAAAAAAGAUUUUAACGAUUAAUAUUAUAUCAGGUUUUCUUUGGUCAUUAUGUUUAACUUGUAUAUCAACAAAAAAUAUCGAUGAUGCUUUACAAAUGAUAUCAUUUUAUCUGAUAAAAUAUUCACAGAAUUCGAAAAUUUUGAUGUUUAUUAGAAAUGAUUUAUAUAUUUAUUCGAUAAUGUCAAAAUGGAUUUUCUAUCCAAUUUUAAUUAUAUUACAUAUUGGAAUUGGUUUAUGUUUUAGAUGGUAUUUAAAGGAAAAAUUUGGAAGAAUGACAAACGAUGUAAGUUAAGAAUAUAAAGUUUAUUACGUACAUUAUCUCUUUCUCUCUCUCUCUUCGUCUUCUUUUCUAUUCUCUCCAGCUGCUAGACAUGUACACUCUUUCUCCUAACCUACUUCUUUCCGAUCGAUAUUGUCUGUGAAGAAAAACAAAAAUGAUUUUUCCAUUCCUCUUAAUGUUCAUUAUGUAAAUAGUAGCAACGAAGUUUCUCGAUUUCUUCUCUGAUUCGUUUUUUAUCUCUCCAUUGCCCAGACACUCCUUGUUUUUCUAAUAGAAGUCAGUUAUAUUUUGUAUUUCACCCAUAUUUAACGACAAUUAUAUAUCCGAGCAGGUAUCGAUCUAAAAAUAAUACAUAGAAAUAGAGAUAUACAACAGUUGUAUGAUAUUUUCUUGGUAAGUAUUUAAUACUGACAGAUUGUUUUAUUUAAUUGUCGUAUAAUUCAUAUGUAGAGAAUAUUCAAACAAUAGAUCUCUUUCUUUUACCUUUAAUUAGUUUUAAUUAAAUUGUUUCUUCUCUCAAUAAUUUAUUAGUAAGACAUUAGACAGAACCGUAAACGAAUCUGUGUUUAACAUGUCACAAAAAUUCACUUAAUCAGAAUAAUGAUGUCAAAGAAUAUUUUCAGAGGACAGAUUAAAUCUAUCAUUAUAGUAGUGUUAACAAUCAUUAGUUAAUCUGAAGAAUAUAGUCAUCAAUGCUAUUGGAUAGCAUUAUUGAAAUAAAAAUAUAACUAAAAUAAUUAUUUUAUACAAUUUUGCGACGAACUAAUGUCCUUUCAUUUUGAAAUGGACUUUCGUCUUUCUUACUAGUAUUUUUAUCUUAUUCGCAAAGUUUAUCAAUCUAUAAAAUUUUAUCUACUAAAUUUAAUAAUUAUAACGAUCUAAUAAAUAUUUCAAGUUUUUCUUAUCUUAUAAGAAAUAUACAAAAUUGACUUAUUCUUCAUUAGAAUAAAAGAUAAAGUUUCUAUUUUAUAUUUUAGAUACCAAAUGAUGUUAUAAUGAUUGAUCAAACCCAUGC